CCGGAAGUGAUUUUGUGCACGAGCCAAGAUGGCGGUUCCGAAUGUGUGUGGAGUUGGCUAGCUAUCAGGCGACUUCAUGUGAUUUCUUUCUUCGUUUUAUUUUGCACGUAUCAACAAGGAUUCUCUCAAGAAGUGUUUAGAAAUACUGGAGGAAACCUUUAACUCACCGAUGGCAGGUCGCAGGGUGGAGUGUGUGUGGAAGAGACACGUGGCGCAGCAGCUGAAGCAGAGGGACCGUGUGCAGCGACAGGCCUUUGAGGAGAUCAUCCAGCAGUAUAACAGGUUGUUGGAGAAGUCAGACCUGCAGGCUGUGCUCUCAGAGCGACUGCAAACAGAGAAAUAUGAACUACAGAGCAGACAUGACCUCAGCCCGGGGGCCGAGUUGAGCCACUGUGACCUGCUGCAGCAGGAAAUGUCUCGGAUGCGCAUCAAACACCAAGAGGAGCUCACCGAGCUGCACAAAAAACGCGGAGAGCUGGCCCAGAGUGUAAUCGAGCUGAAUAACCAGAUUCAACAGAAAGACAAAGAGAUACAGAACAACGAGGCCAAGAUGUUGGAGUACCAGCAGCAGAUCUCCCAGCUCGAAGGCGAUUGCCGUGAGCUGCGCAACUGCUUGUCGGACCUGGAGCGAGCCAAUCAGAUGCUACGGGACGAGUACGACGCCUUACAGAUCACGUUCAGCGCUCUGGAGGAGAAACUGCGCAAAACCACAGAGGACAAUCAGGAGCUCGUCACACGCUGGAUGGCCGAGAAGGCACAGGAGGCGAACCGGCUCAACGCGGAGAACGAGAAGGACUGCAGGCGCAGACAAGCGAAGCUGCAGAAAGAGUUGGCUGACGCCGCAAAAGAACCACUUCCUGUUGAUAUGGAUGAUGACAUUGAGGUGCUUUCAGAGGAGACGGGGAAAGGGACAGGAGAGACGUCUCCCAACCACCCAGUGCGCGGCACACCCAGUAGACGAGCGUCUCAGCUUCCUCCUGGUAACCUCCUAGAUUCCAUCACCAAUAUAUUUGGUGUGGUCAGGCGGCGGUCACUGAACUCGCACGGCUCACCCCCGGACAUGGCGGAGACUCCCUCCGGUGUGUGCGCAGACGUCCGCGUCCCCUCCACUGCACUUCACUUGUUCGAUGCCCAUGAAGGCGAGGUGAAUGCAGUCAGGUUCAGUCCUGGCUCUCGUCAGUUCGCUACAGGAGGAAUGGACCGACGUGUAAAACUUUGGGAGGUGAUUGCAGGUCACUGUGAGUGUAAAGGCACUUUGAUGGGCAGUAACGCUGGAAUCACCAGCAUCGAGUUCGACAGCACGGGCUCUUACCUGUUGGCUGCGUCCAAUGACUUUGCGAGCCGAAUCUGGACAGUAGACGACUACAGACUGAGGCACACGUUAACAGGUCACAGCGGGAAGGUUCUGUCUGCUCGCUUCCUGCUGGAUAACGCUCGCGUUGUCUCGGGAAGCUACGACAGAACGCUCAAACUGUGGGAUCUGCGAAGCAAAGUCUGUACGAAGACUGUGUUUGCGGGCUCCAGCUGUAACGAUAUAGUGUGCACGGAGCAGUGUGUGAUGAGUGGCCAUUUUGAUAAGAAAGUACGCUUCUGGGACAUUCGUGCUGAGAGUACAGUGUGCGAGUUGGAACUGUUGGGUCGGGUCACGUCGUUGGACCUGAAUCACGACCGCACAGAGCUGCUCACCUGUUCCCGUGAUGACCUCCUCAAAAUCAUCGACCUGCGCAACAACGCUGUGCGACAAACGUUCAGUGCAGACCACUUCAAGUGUGGGUCAGACUUCACCAGAGUCACCUUCAGUCCUGAUGGCAGUUACGUUGCGGGGGGUUCAGCAGAUGGUGUUCUGUAUGUGUGGAAUGUUCUGACAGGGAAAGUGGAGAUAAAACUCGACAAAGGGCACAGCUCCUCCAUUAACGCAGUGUCCUGGUCUCCAUCUGGUUCCUACGUGCUCAGUGUGGAGAAGAGCAGCAAAGCCGUGCUCUGGUCUGACAUGUGAUUGGUCCAGCUCUGCCAUGCUCUGAUUGGUUCACUCACAGCCUGAUCUGAUUGGUUCAGCUCUGCUUCACCUUGCUCUGUUCGGCUCAGCUCCAGCCUACAGGAGGACCCCACUUUUUACCUAGUACUCGUACAACAUUUCCCAGGACGCAGUGUGUCCGCGAGGCGUGGCCAUCUGUACAGAAGGAUCCAACUUGCCCAAUAGAAUGAUUUUAUUUUCCUGUCUCUUCUCUCUCCCACUCAUUCUCAUGCACACAAUUUCUGAUGGAAAUGAGUAAUGUGUGUGUGUGUGUGUGUGUGUGUGUGUGUGUGUGUGUGUGUGUUAAUCAAGUGUCUCUUAACAGCAAUUAAUAAUGUCAUGCCUUUUUAAAAGGCUUCACUUACUGUCUCCCUGACCACUUCUGGUCUGUACUCACUCUACCCUUGGCAAUGUGGGAAAGGAUUGUGUGUGUGUGUGUGUGUGUGUGUGUGUGUGUGUGUGUGUGUGGAUUUGGUUAUUAUUAUUAUUUUCUGUAGAUCACUUCUUCCAUCGCACAAAUGCAGCUCUGCGACGUUUCGUACUGUCAGAUUAGCAGCUGCAUAGCGAGUCUUCAUGCUAGCUGAGCAGAGAUGUUUUCCAAAACCCUGUUUGUGAUUUUUCUAAACGUGUUUUGGAAUCAACGUUCGCUCGUGCCCCAGCAUCCACACGCUGUCAAAGCUCCAAACUGCUAUUUAAAUUUGCCAAACUGUCUUUAGUGUCUCCGACUUGCUCGGAAUGACACGUUAAACUAGCAAAGCUAGCAUUAGCCGACUGUCCCACCGACUAGCUCAAGGUAUCGUUCACGCACUAAUCCGAUAUCGGUGCUUACAGCGCCUGCUGUAAUUGUUUGUUUGGUUUUUUUCCCCCGAAAAAUAAUUAAAAAAAAAAUAACAAACACAUUCUUUAAUGUUUACAAAAGUGUGCAUCAUAAGCAACACACACACACAGACAGAGCUGAAUUAUGUUAAAUGUGAUGUCUUGCUGAAAUGGGGCGGGGUAUGAUGUAGAGAUGAUUGACGGAAGAAUGAGCUGAACCCUGCAGCCAACGCUAAGGUCGUGAUUAUAGAUACGCCAUCUAAUUCCACCUUCUCUCUUCUUGACAAAGCCAAACACUGCAGCCAACGCUAAUAAUACACUGCAUUAUUUAUAUAUAUAUAUACAUACACACACACACAUACACACGCACAUAUAUAUGAUGUGCUGUUGUCCCCAUGUGUUUAAUGGGGUGAGUGACAGACACACACACACACACACACGGUUUAAUACUUGUACACAGAGCUUCAACAUUUUGGAAUGGGUGUGGCUUAUGAUGAAGUAACCUGCAAAUAAAGUGCACUUUUUUUAAAAUUUAGCCCCAGCAGAUCUGUGGAAGAAACACACGCACACUUACGCAGAGAGAGAGAGAGAGAGCACAUGCCUCCUGGACACUCUCUUUACGGUUCUAUCAUCCUCUGAGCCAAAGCAUCUCACUGGCUCUUUCAAUUAAAACGGACAUAACUUAAAUAUAGCACUUUGUUGAGGGUGGGGCUCAGGAUGACCCUUUAAUCCCAUUGGCUAAUGAGCUGUGUAAUGUAUGUAUGUACGUAAUGUGUGUGUCUGUGUACGAGACACUGUAUGUUUACACGCAAUGAAACAUGUAACAUGA